AUGGAUGAGCCAACUGUGCUGCGGAAGGACCAGCUAGAGAUCAGCUUAGUCAAUGAGAAGGAAUUGAUUAAGGAGGGCACUAUUAAGGAUGAUAACCCUUUAGAUCUCAGUGCGCCAUUCUGUGAACUAUGCAGCGCAUGCCGUCAGGGCGAUCUGAAAGUCUGCCAGGAGAAAAUCACCGAGGGCGUCAAUGUUAAUGCUCGUGAUCCCUAUGAUUAUACGCCAUUGAUUCUGGCGAGUCUCUGUGGUCAUUAUGAGGUUGCGCAACUUCUUCUCGAGUCUGGUGCACUUUGUGAGCGAGACACAUUUCAGGGUGAGAGAUGUCUCUAUAAUGCUUUAAACGACCGGAUACGAAAUCUCCUUCUGGAAUAUGAUUAUUCCAAGUCCACGGACCCCCUCCAGCCGCUAGCCGCGCAUAUAACUACACUUCUUACCCGUGAAUCUCCAUUAACAACAGAUAUUGUUGUGACGGCAUCCGACGAAUCGCUCCACCUCCACAAAUUCAUCCUCGCGGCACGCUCUCCAUACUUCCAUGGUAAACUGGCCGUGGCACCAGAAUCUGCAACAUGGAAUCUCCCCAGCACCAUUUCACCGGAGGCAUUCGGUGCGGCUAUCAAAUAUCUGUACUUUGGAGAAGCUCCUCGGGACUUGCGAAGUGGACCAGGGACAGGCUUCAUGGAGUCCGAGACUUUUGCAGCGCUGGAUAGAAUUUCCAAGUAUUUGGAGAUACCUAGUCUUCUAGACAGUAUCCUUGAUAGUGGAGACAGAAGACGUGCUAGACAAAGAAGAACCGACGAUAUUUCCAAGGGCCGAGAUCAAAUGGAACAAUGGUUCCAGGAGAAUAUUCUGGGGAACAAGCUCGAGGUGGAGACUUCGAAGGUGGAUGAAGUGAAGUGGGAUCGAAGCAAUGCAAUCUUCGCUGAUGUUCUUCUGAGAGCGGAUGAACUCCCCGAUGAUGAGGAGGAAGAGGACAUUGACACAUCAGAGGUCAGAAAUGGCACAUCCAGUUCGAUUGCUAUUGGCGCUAUCUCUACCGCGAAUGAGAACAACCUCGAGGCGCCGAAAUCGAUCAUCUUCCCAUGCCAUCGAGCAAUGCUUUUGCGGUCUGAGUUUUUCCAGGCAAUGUUUACAUCCACUUUUCGCGAAGCUUACCUCAAUGAGCAUCUGACGAUCAUCGACGUCAACUGUUCGCCUGAAGUCUUGGAAAUUAUUCUUACAUUCCUAUACACCGAAAGAGCCGAUUUCCCCUUAGAAAUCGCUGUCGACGUCCUAUUCGCCGCAGACAUGCUCUUCAUUGAGAAGCUGAAGACGAAAGCCGCCAUGGUCAUCAGCACCCUCGGUAGUGCUGGGAUGUCCCAGGCGGAGGCUGCGAAAACUCGAGGAGGCGCGGAAGAAGAUGACAUUGACAUUUACUUAAUCGUUCGAGCGGCGUGGUUGACGCGCGUGCAGAGAUUGGAAGAGUUCGCUGCUCGAUAUCUCGCAUAUCGACUGGAAGCCCAUAUAGAUAGGCCAGAAUUUGCGGAGUUGAUCCAGGAAUCAGCAUCUCGUAUCAAGGCGAGACAGGAAACCGAUUCCAUUGAAAUGCUGGAUGAUAUCCGGUUCUAUCUUGGAGAGCGGUUUAGAUUGAGAUUUGGUGAGGCUGGUCUGAAUGAGAUGAUGGAAGAAAAAGAAGUACCGGAAGAUCUAGACGAAGACGAGCCGCUGGAAGAUAUUUUAGAUCUUACAGAAGGUGUACAGACCCUGAAUGUUUCCAAGGAGGCUAUCCCCAAUCAAGGCCAGCAGCUACAAGUCCAUGCCCCGGAGAUUCGAACUCUCGACGGCGCGGUUGUUGAGGAUGAAUUCUCGGAAGAUGCGAUGAACUAUGAGAUCUUGCUCGAAAAGCUGGAUGAUUUGCUGGAAAGACUGAACCUCGAGGCUUAG